AUGGUGUUAAAUAUUUCAAUUUUAGUUUUGCUUAGUGUUUUAGUUUUAUCAAAUUGUCAUCUAGUUAUUGAUUUAGAAAAUAGUCGUACUUUUGAUAAAGAUCUAUAUGAAAGAGUAUUAGAUUCUGAAGAAUGUACGAGGCAGAUAAACUUUCUAAAGGAAAAUGACACAAUGUUGUUUGCAAGAUUCCUGGAUUCAGGAAUGAGAGUACCAAGAGGACUGAAUUUGUUAAGUGCCACAGAUCUCGGGGAUUAUCACCAAUGUCUGCGAAUAAUAGAGACUAGGGAGGAUGAAGGAGGAAAAGAAAUGAACAUAGAAGGAAAAUAUUCUUUUCUCCAAAUACCCCUGAAUCAAACAUUCCAGGCAGUUUUUGACGACGAAGAAGAAGAAAUUCUUUUAAAAAAGUAUGAUUUCAGUAACAUGAAAAUAGUAAAAUUUGAUAACACAAUCAUAUCAGAAGUGCAAAGCUUUGCAGUUGCAAGGACAAAUAAUGGAAGUUUAGAUUCUAAAGAUGUGUAUCAGAGAGCUUCUAUUAACGUGGCGUUGUGUAUACCCAAAGUUUGCACCUCAUUAGAAUAUAGCCAUCAAAUCUUAUUCAAUUUGAGUCAAAUUGGAUUUCGGUUUGAUGAAGAAUUUGUUCGGCUGCCCAACGACAAACCAUGGGUCGCUGUUGAUUAUGUAGCUAUUGUGAUCUUUUCUGUCAUUGCUUUCUUAACGUUAGUGGGUACUGCGUAUGACGUCACUCACAUAGUUAUCCUUAAGAAAGAUCCAAAACGUGCCAUCGUCUACCUCCGAAUGUUCUCCAUAUACACAAAUACAAAACGCCUCAUGACUUUUAAUCCAAACCCGAACGCUAUCGAAUGUAUGGACGGAAUCAGAACCAUCUCUAUGAUGUGGGUUCUUGUGGGGCACGCCUUUUCGAUGCACAACUUCAAUAUUAAUCUUUUGGAUGGUAUUAAUUGGGUAACUUCUGCGGACGGAGUAUGGGUGUCAACGGGUCUCUUCUCAGUGGAUUCAUUCUUUCUCAUGGCAGGAAUUCUACUCGUCUACACUUCUGUUGGAAAAAUGUCUGGAACAACAUUCUUGAAACGAGUGCAUGUUUUCUACUUAAAUCGGCUUUUGCGGAUGUUCCCACUAUUGGCUGCGCUAGUUCUUCUAGAAGCUUCUGUGUUCCAUCGCAUAGCAGAUGGCCCGUACUGGGUCAACGUCGCGCGUAACGCAGAAAGAUGUCGGUCAUUUUGGUGGACUACGUUGUUACAUGUUCAGAAUUAUGUGAAUCCUGAAGCUAUUUGUGUAGCACAUUCAUGGUAUAUCGCCAUUGAUAUACAGCUGCAUAUUGUAUCACCACUGAUCCUAUUUUGGGUCCUCGGUAAAAAUAGAACAGCUUCGUGGUCUGCUCUUAUUUCUGGGUUGGUAGCUGUUCAAGUUGGAGCAACUAUAUGGAACUUUAUGAAGGACAUGCCGCCUACUAAUAUGACAAUUCCGCGAUUAGACGAACAGGAUUAUUACAUGACCAAUUUCUACGUAAAUACUUUGACUCGAGCCUCACCAUUUUUCGUGGGCAUGAUUUAUGGUUACAUCCUUAGCAUCUAUAAAGGAAAACAAAUUCGACUGAAUAUGAUUUUUGUUUUAAUUGCCUGGAUGAUUGGCCUAGCGAUGAUUGCUUUCUGCUUUUACGCCUCCUAUGAGGUCAUGAAACUUGAUUGGGACAAUCAAGUUCUUGACAAUCUCUUCAAUUCCUUUAUGCGAACGUUGUGGGCUAUCGGACUGGGUUGGGUUAUAUUUGCUUGUGGUAAAGGAUAUGGAGGUCCUAUAGAUUGGUUUCUUUCAUUAUCAAUCUGGAAGCUUCCAGCUCGUCUUUCCUAUGCAAUGUAUCUGUACCAUUACCCUAUUAUGUUCUUGGGGGCGGGCAUGGAAGUGAUGCCUAAGUACUUCAGCCAAGGCGGUAGGAUAUUCGACUUUAAGGCUUAUUUUGUAAUCUCGUUGUGGGUUUCAUAUUUAGUUACAGUAAUUAUCGAUGCCCCAUGCUCUACGGUCAUUAAAAUGCUUAUUGAAGGAGGUCAAAAGAAACGUAGACCACCACCGGAAAAAGGUGCUGAUCUUUCAAAAUCACACAAAGUAUACUUGCCUAAUUGCCUUGAGAAAGAUGGAUCACUUCUAGAAAAUAAUGUUAUAUUAACAACUCUUAAAAAAGAUGACAAUAUUUUGGACAACAAAAAUAACUUCUCAUUGCAAAGAAAUGGACCGAUUCCAGAACAUGAACAUAUACAAAAAAAUGGAAUUUUAGAAAACAAUGACUUAGCUAUGGGAAGAAAUGGACUUGUUAAAGAUGAUUUAGGUUUAGGUCAAAAUAACCUUGAUGUGGAAAGAAAUUUACCAUUACAGAAGGAAAGUGAUGAACUUUUCGUUAAAAGUGAAGAUUUAGACGGGGUAGAAGUUGACGGAGAAUUUGAUAAAAAGGAAGUUUCCAAGUUUUGAAAUCUAAUCAUAUAUUUCAAAAUUUGAAUACUUACUUGAUCUGUUAGUGUAAGAAAAGCCAAUAAUUAAAGUUACACUAAAUAUUAGGAGCACUAUAAGUUCUUAUAAUAUUCUUUUAGAAUUAAGUUAAUCACAAGCUAGUUUCAUUUAAAGUAUUUCACAAUUUUUAAUUGUAAUAAUAAUAAUAAAAUGUGUUAAAAAUUCUAUUAAAUUACAAAAAUAAAUAUGUAUAGUUUAAAUUUUUGUAAUAAAAUAGUAGAAUUCUUUAUGUAAAUCUAUAAUUAUUAGGUAGUAUUCUACUAACUAUCGUUCUUCGAAAGUUAUAAGAGUGUUAAUAAUUAUAAUAAACCUGAAUAAACUAAACACGUAACUCAGAGAUACGUAUAUC